GUCCACAUUGGUGGCGGGUGAAAUUUCCGAACGAUGAAGAGCGGUACUUGAGUAGGGUGACUUUGUGGAAUGUGGAUGACGCGAGUCAUAGUUCAGGCCUCAACGGAGCGAGACUAGUUUUCGAUGAUGCUUUGGAGGCCAUAGGCGCCAACGCAGAUAGUCCCACAGAAGCGCAAAUCCAGUCGGCUGCUGCAAUGACGCUGCCUGAUCCGGUAGCCAGUGAUUUUGUUAUGGUUCUACUUCUUCCUCUAUCUAACCUAAAUGUACGCACGAGACACAUGUCUUCCUCUAACCUAUGCGGUACGGAAGUUGCAGUUUGGCGUUACAUGAAGUCUAUGACAAUCCACGCUUCUGCUGGCGCCUCUGGCCUUACACUGUGUGGAGUCCACAUGUGGGGUGGCACGGACACUACAUCGACCACAAGCACUAUGACCUCAAGCACUACGUCUAGCACGACAGUGUCGAGCACAACGACAAUUAAGGCUUGUUACCGUAAUUCAUCCUCAAGACUUGAGAAGCAUAUCUGGCCCAUUUUUUACGGGGAAAACUAACACGCAUAACUAAAAAAUGAUGAAUAUCUACUGCAAGAACUAACACAAGCAGCAGCACCUCGUCGACCUCGACAUCCAGCUCCUCGAGUUCGACAACCAGCUCCUCGAGUUCGACGAGCUCGUCAACCAGUUCCUCGACCUCGACAACCACCUCCUCGACCUCAACGACGACGAGAACCGAUAGCUCAACCACGACAACCAGCUCCUCGAGUUCGACGAGCACUUCAUCAAGUACAGCGACAACCACAUCGAGCAGCACGUCAUCCAGCAGUACGUCUAUUAAGGCUUCAAGAAAUCGUCCAUCUCAGCCACCAUCUUCUUGGUCUUCCCGUUUUGGAAGAGCAAGAAGAUGGUGGGCAUUUUUGAAGAGAAAACUUAUAUUUUUUUCAGCAUCUGGAUCUGUGUUCGGGACGAUUGUUUCAUCUCAUGCGGAAUUUUUUUGACUAUCUCAGGUUUACAACAAGCUUAUUUUUUUCAGCAUCAGAGACAGACCAUUGAAUGUUGAGGCUAUAAAUUUGAAUUGACUGAUGCUCUACAACAACCAGAAGGAGAUCAUGGAUUUCCUCUUCUAGCUCUAAGUCUACCAGAUCUUCGACGUCCUCGAGCACAGCGACUACAACCUCCUCGACUAGCAGCGUCUCAAGUACAACAACGUCCUCAAGCAGCACUUCGUCGAGCAGUACCACUACAUCUUCAAGUACCACCACAGUGACCUCCACGACCUCCACCGUGACCACGACAAAAAUUGAGGGACCUACGGAGACGAUUGUGGUAACUGAACAUUUUGCCUCAGUAAAUCUGGC